AUGAUUUUCAACUCUGGGCCUGCCUUCGCCAUCUCAUUCCUGGUGAGCGUGCUGGUGGGCACACUGCGAGCAUAUAGAGUGAUCCCAGACCAGACCUGGACAUUGUCAGUUGUCUACGCGGUCUACUUUACUAUCUUUUUCUUCUGGCAGCGCAUCCGGGCCAUCUUCCGACGACCCCUCGUGGUCUUCUUGGACAAGCUUUGCGUGGCACAGCACGACGAGGAAUUGAAGCAGGAGGGCAUUCAGAGUCUUGGCGCCUUCCUUCUAAGCUCGCGGGAGCUUGUCGUGCUCCUCAGCCAUCGGUACCUGUCGCUCGGUCUUUGUAAAUGA